AAGUGUUUUAUGUCACUGAUCCCGAAGACAAUAGAUGGUCAGUGGUGCUCCAAGGUAGACCAAUGCAUUAUACUGAUGACAAUAAUGAAGUUGUUCUUGAUAUUAGUGAAACUCCAUCUUUCUCAUCAAAUAUGCCAACCUUGAAUGUCGAUAAUGAAGUAGACGACGUCCAUGCCAUACGUGAUGAUCAUCACGAAGGGUUGUGGGAGAACAUUGCAACUUGACAAUAGAAAUGUCUAGUGACGCACCAUCUGGUGACCUCCCACCUUCACAAGGUGCGGAUGACAUUCAUACGUCUACCCGAAAAAAAGGUAGGUCUGGGACAAGGUUGAGAGAGUUGGUAGCCACCCGCAACGCUGAUCAUAGGCUUCCCAUUCAUUUUGAUAUGCAAACAUGUAAACCAUUGGGAGAAAAUAGCACGAAAUUCAUUAGUUAUGUGGCCUUGCUCGGUAGAAGCAAGGCAUCCAUUCUUUGUGAUGAUUGGGAUCAUGUUCCAGAGAAUGUGAAGAACCAGAUAUGGCAAAGCAUCCUGGUCACAUAUGACGUCCCAAACACUAAUCUAUUAAGGACAAAAUGGAUUUCAUAUGUCGGGGAAAGAUGGAAGAAUUUCAAGACUAUGCUUACAAGUCAUUAUAUUUAUGGCUCCAAAACUGAUAAAAACCCUUGUGAAAAGUAUCAAUUUCUUGAUGAGGAAACAUGGCAAGCCUUUAAGUUGAAGCGAUUAGAUCCUGUAUUUCAGGCUAAGAGGAGAGUUGCACAAGAGAUUGCAAAGAAAAAUGUCCACCCUCAUAUAUUGUCUCGUGGGGGUUAUGAGAAAUUGGAGCAGAAGAUGAUGAAAGAGGCAUCUGCCUCUAAUCCUAUUGGGGCCUCCGAUACGAGUACCAUAACUCGUCUUCCACGCCAUGUUACAUGGAAGAGAGCUCGUCAAAGACCAUCUGGGGAGUACACAUCUGAGGAAACCGCGAGCAUAGCUAGGCGCAUUGAUGAGUUGGUCGAGCAGAGCACACAAGGUACAUUCACUCCCGAGGGCCGUGAGGACAUAUUGGCAGUUGCCAUUGGUCGUCCAGAGCAUUCUGGACGUGUUCGAGGUGUUGGUAAAUUUAUUGGCAUUCGUCAAUUCUUUGGUCCUCCAACAAGUCAUCAUAGUAAAGCCCAUGUCAGUGAGGAGGUCCUCAAGGGUAUAAGAGAAGAAAUUAGACAGGAGAUGAGGGAGGAGAUCAGCGAGAUGAAGAAAGAGUACGGUGAUAUGAGAGCACAAUUGAAGAAGGAGUACUCUGAUAUGCGGGCACAAUUGUUAGCAGAUGUGCGAGCAGAAUUAGCCUCCUCCUCAAGCCAACCUAGGAAUCUUCCUCAACCUUCUCAUCCUUGUAUAAGCACAAAGGAGAGUUGUGAUGUUUCUCCUCAAAACGCUUCUCCCACUAUUGAUGCAGACUAUGAGUUGUUUAGUGAUGAUGCCCUACAGUGCUUGGUGGCCUUAGGUAAAAUGUAUACAUUGGGGUCAACCAUACACCAUGAAACCAUUACAGCUGAUAUGAUGAGAGUUGUGGUUGUAGACAUACGAAAUGCUACAGCUCGAGUCCCUGUGCCCACUGAGAAUGUUCAGACAGUGGGACAGGCCCUUGGAAAUUUUAUCCUUUGGCCCCUUAGAUUAUCAAGAGCAAUUGUAAAGAAGGUUGAAGCACAAGGGCAGGAAGAUAUGAAUGAAUCACUACAACAACAAUUGCAGUCGCCACAACACAUAAUUCUAGAACAACUUGGUGUGUUGGCAGUGAAGAUCUCCCUUUCUCCUAUAGAGUUAGAAAUGCCUCCUGAAGUCACAAACAGGAAAUCUUCACUCUCUUUCUUCAUAUGUCAAAGGGAUAUUUUUGAAAUUCUCUCUGGCACUGAUAUGUUAUGUAUAUCAGUACUACAACUUUGGUUGUUGUAUUUACAUCGGUUGACCAUUGAAAAGAAGAAUGAUCACAUUUAUGGUUUUAUUGACCCUGUUGCCAUUCAAGGAGUUGGGAAUAAAGGUGAAGAGGUCCAAAACUACCUCUUAGAGGCUUUUGUAAACGGAAAAAAGCAAGUGUACUUAGCACCUUAUUUGCAACAGGGUCACUGGCAAUUGUUACUAAUUCUUCCUCAACAGUUUCUUGUAGUUCUCUUAUGUUCAUUGCACAAAAAACCUCACACUUUGGCAAUUAAAAAUACACUAAUAUUAGUGGUUGAGGCAUAUUCAAGGUUGCAGGGAACACAUAUCCUCUCUAGAAAGAAGUUGCAGUUCAUUGCACCAACUUGCUCACGUCAACCGGGAAGCUUUGAGUGCGGAUAUUAUGUCAUGAGGCACAUGCAGAAAAUUAUAUCCGCAAAUGUCGUUGACUCAUGGAAAUUGAUAUUUGAUGACACGUCUCCAAUGGAACAACAUGUCAUAAAGGAUGUUCGGGAGCAAUGGGCUGCAUUUCUUUUAACCAUUUGUAAAUGAUUGGAUGUUUCAAUAUUACAUUUUGUGUUUAGGAACUAUUUUAUGUGUACUAUGUUAGGUAAAUAUAGUUAGAAACUUUGUUAGGUAGAUAUUAUAUUUUGAUGUGUUGAUGAAAACAAUAUUGAUUA